UUUCGACUUGUAUUUGUUAGUUAUUUGAUAAUUUCUACAGUAUGGCACUUCUUGAUGUCAAUGGAUUGAAGCCUCAGUCGGAGCUUUCAGAACUGAAUCGUUUCAACAGUGCAAACAAAGCAGAUCACUUUACCCUGCCUGUUGGAGUAGAUCCUGUUGGAUUUCUGAAGUCAUGCAGUGGCGAGAACGGCGUGUCUAUAGACCUGAACCAUGGAACAACGAUGCUAGCUUUCAAAUUUCUCCAUGGUGUCAUUGUUGCUGUUGACUCCAGAGCCUCUGCUGGGCGCUAUUAUAGCAUCAAAGGAUGUCAAUAAGGUAAUACAGAUAAACCCUUACCUUCUGGGGACCAUGUCUGGCAGUGCAUGUCUUGGGAGCGGAUGCUGGCCAAGGAGUGCAGGCUUUAUAAGCUUCGCAAUAAGGAGAGGAUUUCAGUGUCUGCUGCUUCUAAGCUGCUGUGCAAUAUGAUGCUGGGAUACAGAGGCAUGGGUCUCUCAGUGGGCAGCAUGAUCUGUGGAUGGGACAAAAAGGGCCCAGGUCUCUACUAUGUGGAUGAUAAUGGUACCCGCCUCACCGGCCGCAUGUUCUCCACAGGCUGUGGAAAUGGCUAUGCGUAUGGCGUGGUGGACAGUGGCUACCAUGAGGACAUGACUGUGGAAGAGGCCUAUGAGCUGGGCAUACGGGGCAUUACCCAUGCCACACACAGAGACGCCUACUCCGGAGGAGUGGUUAACAUGUACCACAUGCAAGAAGAUGGCUGGAUUAAGGUGUGCCAGGAGGAUGUGUCAGAGCUCAUCCAUCGCUACAGGAAGGGGAUGUUCUAAAUGUUACAAACCAGUCCACACCUAUUUACACCAUAAAAUUCACAAUAAAAUAACUCUUUCUCAA